AUCCGUGAAGCGCCUGCAGUCAAUGUUACAGAAAUAGAAAAAAGAUCAUGGGAGAAGUCACCGGCGAGAAUCCAAGCAUGCCCAUUCUUGAAAGACUGGGCAUAAGUGAGGUGCCACUGGUGAAGGAAUACGGUCUUCCUGGCGUCGUUGGUGCUCUUCUAGUUGCUUUAGUUAUCCCCAUCCUGCUGUCUUCGAUGCUCGGCAAAAAGACCAAGAAGAGAGCGGUGCCUGCCGAUGUUGGGGGCGAAGCAGGCCUUGCCAUGCGCAACAGUAGAUUCUCCUCUCUAGUUGAAGUUCCAUGGGCAGGUGCCACAACGAUGGCAGCUCUGUUUGAGAUGGCUAGCAAGAAGUACCCUCAACACCGGUGUCUUGGCACAAGGAAGCUGAUUAAGAGCGAAUUUAUAGAAGCUGCCGAUGGAAGGAAGUUUGAGAAACUGCACCUUGGAGAGUACCAAUGGAAUUCCUAUUCAGAAGCGUUUACUCGUGCAAGUAACUUUGCUUCUGGUCUCAUCAAGAUGGGCCACCAGGUAGAUAGUCGUGCUGCUAUCUUCUCUGAUACAAGAGCUGAGUGGAUCAUUGCUUCUCAGGGAUGCUUUCGACAAAAUUUAACUGUCGUAACAAUCUAUGCCUCGCUUGGCGAGGAUGCACUGGUGCACUCACUAAAUGAGACACAAGUUUCAACUCUGAUCUGUGAUUCAAAGCAACUUAAGAAGCUGCCUGCAGUCAGCUCGAAGUUGCAGAGUCUUAAGCAUGUUAUCUAUAUCGAGGAUGAACCUGUUGAGGCUGACACACUCAAUCAACUGAAACACCUGACAACAUCAUCUUUCACUGAGGUUGAGGAGUUGGGCAAAACAUCGCAUAUAGAUGCAAGGCUACCAUCAAGCACUGACACUGCAGUUAUUAUGUACACUAGUGGAAGCACUGGUCUCCCAAAGGGUGUAAUGAUUACGCAUGGCAACAUGGUGGCCACAAUCGCAGCUGUCAGGACAAUUAUUCCAAAUCUGGGCACGGGAGAUGUUUAUCUGGCAUACCUUCCAUUGGCUCAUGUUUUUGAACUAGCGGCAGAGACUGUCAUGUUAGCUUCUGGUGUUGCGAUUGGAUACGGCUCAGCUCUGACAAUGACUGAUGCAUCAAACAAGAUAAAGAAAGGGACAAAAGGAGAUGUUUCUGUACUGAAACCUACUCUCAUGAUUUCAGUUCCUGCAAUUCUGGAUCGCAUAAGAGAUGCAGUGUUCAAGAAGGUUGCUGAUAAGGGUGGGGUGACAAAAAAGCUAUUUGAUGUUGCGUAUAAACGAAAUCUUGCAGCAAUUGAAGGGAGUUGGUUUGGAUCUUGGGCACCAGAGAGGCUUCUGUGGAAUAGUAUUAUCUUCAAGCCAAUACGUGCCAUGCUUGGAGGGCGCAUAAGAUUUAUUCUUUGUGGUGGUGCACCUCUAUCAAGUGACACACAAAGAUUCAUAAAUAUAUGUCUGGGUGUCCCAGUAGGUCAAGGCUAUGGAUUGACUGAGACUUGUGCUGGAGCAGCCUUUUCUGAAUGGGAUGACGCUAGUGUGGGUCGUGUUGGUCCACCCCUCCCUUGUUGCUAUGUUAAGCUUAUUUCAUGGGAAGAAGGUGGUUAUAGGAUUUCUGAUUCUCCAAUGCCCCGAGGAGAGGUUGUGAUUGGUGGUCACAGUGUAACAAAAGGUUAUUUCAACAAUGAAGCAAAAACGGAUGAGGUGUACAAGGUGGAUGAGAGGGGUGUACGAUGGUUUUACACUGGAGAUAUUGGCCAGUUCCAUCCUGAUGGGUGCGUUGAGAUCAUCGACAGGAAAAAGGACAUAGUAAAACUUCAGCAUGGAGAAUAUGUAUCGCUUGGCAAGGUUGAAUCAGCUCUACAGACAAGCAACUAUGUGGAUAAUAUCAUGGUACAUGCUGAUCCAUUUCAUAGUUACUGUGUUGCACUGGUAGUGCCGGCACACCAGGCCUUGGAGAAGUGGGCUCAAAAUUCAGGGAUAAGCUACCAAAACAUUGAGGAGUUGUGCCACAAUGAUCAAGCAAUUAAGGAGGUCCAGCAGUCGUUAUCAAAGGCUGCGAAAUCAGCAAGGCUGGAGAAGUUUGAAGUACCAGCUAAGAUCAUCUUGCUGGCUGAACCUUGGACUCCGGAGUCUGGGCUCGUGACGGCUGCCCUCAAGCUGAAGAGGGAGCAGCUAAAGACCAAGUUUAAAGAUGAUCUGAACAAGCUCUAUCACUGACCCUCCGAUUUCUGGAACCCAUUUGCGAUUUGUGCUAGAUACUCAUUUGUGAUACCACAUGUUAAGAAUAAUUUUUAUGUGUUUGCUAAUCUGGAGCCUGUAAAGCUCUGUAAGAGACCGCGGCAUACAGUUCUUCGGCUUUUAGGUCCUUAUAUCCCUCAUUGCACUACUUAGCCAGCAUAAAGAUCGACCCUGUAAAAUUGGAUGCGUAAGACUGUUAUUGAUGAUCAGCACAGGUUUCGGGAAAAAGAAGGAAAUGCCAGCAAA